GAAAACACCUUAAGGAGGAGUUAUACCAUUACACAUCGAUCGAGUGAAGAAGGAACCCCUCUCUCCUUUACUACUAUUUCAAAGGAUUUGUCCGAUGUUUAUCAUGAGGGCAGCCAUCGUUGCCGUAGUCCUGUUGACAGUUAAUCUUAAAGUUCAAUCUGCUCCAGCAGAUCUGGAUAGAUAUAAAGACGAGAGAGACGAACUGCCACAGGUUGAACCAGCACCUAAAAAUGACGAGAACGAUGAAGAAGAGGAGAAACUAUCGGAACUCGCACAAGUACACGUUUGUAAAAAUGAACUGAUGAAGUUGGUCCUAAAGGCAAAAGAAUGUAAGAAGUUUUUAACACCUGCGGCACAAAAACUCGCUGAACACGUUCGGGAAAAUAUGCGGUUUAACAAUGAGGUUGAUACGGCUGGGAAAGAGCUUGCUGAUGGCUCAUUAGAUACACAAGGUGACUCUCCAGAGGAAAAGAAAGUGGAGGAAGCGGAGAUAAUGGCAUUCAAACUGUGCCAUCAGGGCUACAAGUACAGAGUAAACCCACAUAGCAGCAAAGAAGAUGUGAUGCUGCCGUUUGAAGCAUAUGAGAAGGAUGCUUCACCAGAGUGUGAAGCCCUGAUCACGGGCUUCCUGAAGAGAAACACUCAUGCUGGCAUAAGUGAUUGAGCUGAUGGCAGAAUUAUUUGUGAACUUCUGAAAGCUUAGUGCUUCGCUGUUACGUAGUGGUUAAACGUUUGUGACAAUAAAAAUUG